AUGAGUCUCUUUCCAUGGCUCCUGGCCUUGGGGCUGUACCUGCCUCUCUACACCCAAGCAGCUGCAGAGGAGACUCUGGGGAAGCCAUUCAUUCUGAAGGCCCUGGAGGAUGCAAGGAGAACUGUGGAUGGGGCCUACAAAUACUCUCGGGAAGAGAGCCUGUCCCGAGUGCGGGGGGGCUUGGCCGAUGCCGCGGACAUCCUGCGCCUGCUGAAGCAGCCGGCCCGGGACACGCGCUCGGCAGUGAGAGCUGCAGACUACAUGGAGAACACGCUGAGGCUGAUCCAGGAGAGGGCGCACCACGCCCACAAGCGCUCCCUCAACGCAACAGACCUGCUGACUCCAGAAGAGUUGGACACCAUCGCCCGUCUGACAGGCUGUGCAGCUCGAGUCCGGCCCCCAUCCUGCCACAGCAUCCCAUUGGUCAACCGGUACCGCACCGCCACCGGCGUCUGCAACAACCGCAAAACCCCUCGGCUUGGAGCCUCUAACACACCCUUCGCCCGCUGGCUGCCAGCUGAAUAUGAGGAUGGGAUUUCUCGGCCUAAAGGCUGGGACCAGACGCAGCGCUACAAAAGAUUCUCACUUCCUCUGGUAAGAGAGGUGUCCAAUCGGAUUCUGAGCACAACCAAAGUGGACAGUGAUUGGAUGAACACCCACCUGCUGACCAUCUUUGGCCAGUGGGUUGACCACGACCUGACCUUUACGCCCUCCUCCCCCAGCAUCCGGUCCUUCAAUAAUGGUAUCCGCUGCGAUGAGAGCUGCGAGCAGGCUGAUCCCUGCUUCCCUGUUCAGAUUCCUAAGGGAGACUCCCGUUUCGGCACGGGCUCCGAUGCCUGCAUCCCCUUCUUCCGCUCUGCGCCAGCGUGCGGGACAGGGCCGACGGGCUCCGUCUUCGGGGCGAGCAACGUGCGGGAGCAGAUCAACUCGCUGACGGCCUUCCUGGACGCGGGCCAGGUGUACGGGUCCGAGGAGGCGCAGGCGAGAGACCUGCGUAACCUCACCAGCAACGAGGGGCUGCUGCGAGUCAACCAGAGAUUCACUGACAGCGGCAGGGAGCUCCUCCCCUUCUCCGCCAUGCCGGGUAACGUGUGCGCCACCCGGCAGAGGAUCACCAACACCUCCGGGCUGGAGGAGGUGCCCUGCUUCGCAGCAGGGGACACCCGUGUGAACGAGAACGUGGGCCUCGCCUCUCUGCACACCCUUUUCCUGCGUGAGCACAACCGCCUGGCGCGCGCCCUGCGCCGGCUCAACCCUCACUGGAGCAACGAGACACUCUACCAGGAAGUGCGCAAGAUCAUGGGAUGCUACCACCAGGUGAUCACAUUUCGGGAUUACCUGCCGCACAUUGUAGGGUCUGAUGUCAUGGCUAGUCAGCUGGCCACCUACCCGGGCUACGAUGAGAACGUGGACCCCAGCGUCUCUAACGUCUUCGCCACAGCCGCCUACCGUUUCGCCCACCUGACCGUCCAACCCUACAUGUUCCGCCUGGACGCGGACUACAAAGAGAGCUCGCAGUUCCCCAGUGUCAUGCUGCACCAAGCCCUGCUCGCCCCCUGGAGGCUAGUCUUUGAAGGUGGGAUAGACCCCCUGAUUCGGGGGCUGGUGGGACGUCCCGCAAAGCUCAACACGCAGGAUCACAUGAUGGUGGAAGCCCUUCGGGAUAGGCUUUUCCAGUACACCAGCCGCGUGGCUCUGGACCUGGGCGCUCUGAACAUGCAGCGCGGCCGCGAUCACGGCCUGCCUGGCUACACCGCCUGGCGUAGAUUCUGUGGCCUGUCUCAGCCGCGGAACUUGCCGGAGCUCGCUAGGGUCCUGAAGAACCACCUCCUGGCCAGACAGCUUCUGAAGCUGUAUGGCACCCCCGCCAACAUCGACGUGUGGCUGGGGGGCGUCUCGGAGCCGAUGGUUCCUGGGGGACGCGUGGGCCCCCUCUUUGCCUGCCUAAUCGCCACCCAGUUUCAGAGGAUCCGCCAGGGGGACAGGCUGUGGUGGGAGAAUGAGGGGGUCUUCACCAGCAGACAGAGGGCUUCCCUGGCCAGAGUCUCCCUGGCCCGCAUCAUCUGUGACAACACCGGCAUCAUGGACGUCCCCAGCGACCCCUUCCUGUUCCGCCCCCGAAGGGCAGGCUACACCCCCUGCGGCAGAAUCCCCACCUUCGACCUCACCCCCUGGAUCGACUCUAGUGAGUAUCCCUACUGA